GCCAAGCUCAGCUGUUUGUCGAGCAAUACAAGCCCAGUUCAACUCCACAUUCUGUGGUGAAGAAAGAAGCGGCACCAUUUUAAUACAGUGGGUCUGCAGUUACUUGUGCAUAAUGGGAAAAGGAGGAAUUUCUCACGAAGUCCAACCUGGUUAUCCUCAAGAUCCAGCGGAUAACACUUCUCAACUUCUGUCACCCUUGCAGAUGGGCCCGCUGUUCAGCCUUUCCCACAGAGUUGUGUUGGCUCCUGUAACUCGGUGCCGCGCAAUAGACAACAUUCCUCAAGAUUGUCACGUGAAGUUCUAUUCUCAGAGGACCACCAAAGGAGGUCUUCUUAUCUCAGAAGCUAACGCCGUCUCACCCCAAGCUAUCGGGUUUCCACAUUCUCCUGGUAUUUUCAAUCAAGAACAAGUAAUGACGUGGAAAAAGGUUGUGGACGCCGUUCACGCUAAGGGCGGCGUAAUUUUUUGCCAGCUCUGGCAUGUCGGCAGGGCUUCGCACACAGUUUAUCAGCCCAAUGGGGAAGCUCCCGUAUCGUCCACAGGAAAGGCAAUAUCAGAAGAGUGGAGCAUCUUGAUGCCCGACGGCUCUAAGGCCACUUACUCCCCCCCACGUGCGCUAUCCACGUCUGAAAUAGCGGCUGUGGUUGAAGAGUUUCGAAAGGCUGCGAGGAACGCCAUGUGCGCGGGAUUUGAUGGUGUGGAAAUACACGCCGCACACGGGUACCUGAUCGACCAGUUCCUCAAGGACGGAGUAAACGACAGAGUGGACGACUACGGUGGGUCACUCCACAAGAGAUGCCGCUUUGCCACGGAGGUCGUGGAGGCGGUGGUGAGGGAGAUUGGAGCUGAGCGCACCGCCAUAAGAGUGUCGCCCAUCAUAGAUCACAUGGGCACUACUGAUUCGGAUCCCCUGACUCUCACCUCUCACUUAAUUGGUCUCCUCAAUUCAUAUCCUCUUGCUUACCUCCACAUGACUGAGCCCCGAUUCACAAAAGAAGGCCUCAAAGACGAAGGGGCAGAGGGCGAGAGUAGGGCUGCGGCAAUGUGGAAGAUGGUGAAGGAGGAAUACGGGGGAAGGCUUAUGAGGAGCGGCGGAUACAGCAGAGAGAGUGCUAUGGAAGCCGUGUCCAGUGGAAGUGCAGACAUGAUAUCCUUCGGUAGGCUUUUUAUUUCGAAUCCGGAUCUGCCCUUGAGAUUCGCUCUGCAAGCCAAGCUCGCCAAGUAUGACCGCUCUACUUUCUACACCCAUGACCAGGUCGUGGGUUACACUGAUUACCCGUUUUACAUCCAUAAUUCCCCUGCAUCAAAUUCAAAGUUUGAUCAGCCUGUUGACUUUAGAGCAGAGGUUGAAUCAUCAUGAGCCGUGACAAUGCUGCAAACUGGCGAAGCAGAUGAACAAUUCCCCACUAAAUACUUGACCGAGGUAUAGAUUAACUGUUAUCAAGUUAAGACAAGUGUCUUCUUUUUCAUUUUCGACUCGUAUGCCGUCGUAGUGCUCGAAGCUGCGACAACGCAGAUUCAAUUCUACAGAAAUUGUAUAAAUUAAUUUAAUAAAUCAUUAUGAAAAGGGUUUG